CCGUGUCGCCUCGGGGCGGUUGAAAUUAACGAGGCCGACGACGGGGACGGCAGGGACGGGGCCGGGCGGGCGGACAGCAGCGAAACAGCCAGCGUAACAGCCAGUGUGACGCGCCCGAGAAAGAAAGCGAGCAAGCAACCGACGCUGCCCUCGUCGGUGGCCAAGCGCCCAAGACAAGAGCAACCGGACAAGCUAGCCCACAGCUAGCGAGCCUGCGCGCUGCUGCGGCCGGCGGCGACGAAAGCGAGGAGGAGGAUCGGAGGAGGAAGUGGUGGAGAAGGGCGGGCGCCGUGCCCGCGAUGGUGGUGGCGAGGGCGAAGAAGGCGGCGCCCGCGGGCGCCGGCGGCGCCGGAGCUGGCGCGCGGCGGAGCGGCGUCAGGGUGGGCCCCGCGAGGCUCGAGGGCCUCCCCGCGGCGUGGCCGGCGGGCGCCGCUGCCGUCAAGGUCAAGUGGCCCGCGCCGGGGGGCGCGCUCUCGCAGAUGCUCACGGGCCGCUGGGCGCGCGGGGUCACCGCCGUCGAGCCCGUCGCCGCGGGGGGCACCGUGAGGUGGGAGCCGCGAGACGGCAACCGCUUCAGCCUCCACGUCGAGCCCGCCGGCGCGCGCGGCCGCACCGAGCGCGGCGUCUUCUUCUCCCUCCUCUAUGGAUUCCAAGAACAGGGCCGGGGCAAGGACCUGGUGAGGCUGGAGGAGAUCGGGACAGCCAUGAUAAGCCUGGAGGAGUGCUGCUGGGAGAUGCAACUGCAGCAGCAGCGCCAGCAGCUGGUGGUUGUCCCCAUCAGGGUGAGGAAGGAUGGAUGGGCAAGUGAUGCCAUGCUUUAUGUGAACGUGGAGCUCGUGGACAUGAUGAACACACGCUCCGACAUUGAAAGGGCUGUCUCGUUCAGGGAGAAGCCGAGAACGACGAGCAAGCCGCCGCCGCAUGCAAUGCGAGACCACCGGAAGAGCUUGGAGGCAGCGGCGUACCAUGACGUUCUUGAUCUGAAGCAGCUGCUCGACCUGGCUGAGAAGGAAGGCCGGGUGGCUGUGUACGGGAGCAAGAGGAACUCUGACACCAGCAGCGUGAGCAGCUUCAGUAGCAGCAGCAGCAGCAGCACGAUCAGCAUCAGUAGUGCCAGCUCCAGCGGCGGCGCGAGCCCGGAGCUCGCCUCGACGUCGAAGCGCCGGUUCUUGCCAUGGAUGCGGAGGAGCAGGGACUUCGACAAGAGGAGCACCGAGUCGCUCUCCCAAGAACUGCCGAUCAAGUGCAUGGACGACGAUCCGGCCGGCAGCUGGGAGACGCGCGAGUUCACGAGCAGGGACGCGGAGACGAAGCUGAGGACGCCGGUGUUCUUCGCGUCCAUCGACCAGCGCGACGGCAGCGCCGGCGGGGAGAGCGCGUGCACGGCGCUCGUUGCGGUGCUCGCCGCGGCGCUCCACGCCAACCACCCGGCGAUGCCGACGCGGCCGGAGCUGGACGCGCUGAUCCGUGACGGCUCGUCGGAGUGGCGGAGACUCUGCGACGACGAAGCCCACAUGGCGCGGUUCCCGAACCGGCACUUCGACCUCGAGACCGUCCUCGCCGCCCGGACGCGGCCCAUCGCCGUGCAGCACGACAGGACCUUCGUCGGCUUCUUCCAGCCGGAGAGCUUCGCGUCGCUCUCCGGCGCCAUGUCGUUCGACGACGUCUGGCGCGAGAUCGCCGGCGGCGAGCGCGAGCCGGGGCGCGCGGACGUGUACAUCGUCAGCUGGAACGACCACUUCUUCGUGCUCAAGGUGGAGAGCGACUGCUACUACAUCAUCGACACGCUCGGCGAGCGGCUGCACGAGGGCUGCGACAGGGCCUACAUGCUCAGGUUCGACGGCUCGUCGGAGAUGCACGCGCUGUCGACGCCGGCAGUGGACGACGGCAAGGAGGAGGAGGUGAUCGUCACCGGGAAGGAGUGCUGCAGGGAGUUCAUCAAGAGGUUCUUGGCCGCCAUCCCGCUCCGGGAGGAGCUUGAGAUCGAGAAGAAGGGCGCCGGCAGCGUUGGCGCGCCGCACCAGCGGCUGCAGAUCGAGUUCCACUUCACGGUCCUGCAGGACGACGAGAGAUGACCACUUGGUGUGGUGAUCUGAUGGCAGUGAGGGGAUGCUUCUUCCCUGAUUGCAAUGUACACUAACAUAAUGUAAAUUCAUCUACACUGUAAAGGAACAGGAAGUGCAGCACGUACUACAAAUUACAGGCUAGGAUUGUUGGUUCUCUUUGUACCAGUUUAGAUAGGACACAGGCAGAGGAAAAUACAGGAAGGAUACAGGGUGCUGGUUGGGUAUUU